CUUAGUCUCAGCGAACGAGCUCCAAAUGACUUUUUUUUUUUUUUUUUUUUGUGGUUAUGAAAAGGUGAAACUUGUGGGACUGUGACGCCCUUUUCGAGGACAUUCCGGGGAGGCAGCGAAGAUUUGUGGCCGCCAUGUCGUCACGACCUGGCGUGAAAAAGGUGCGCGUGUGGGGGUGAGAAGGAGCUGUCAAACAACAUUGGUCCUCUACAAGCGCAGGCUGCCGAUGGACCAGGACACGCAAUGGCUGUAUCAACUCCUGGCCGACGUGCAGCUGGAGAAGUUCUACCUGCGCGUCCGCGACGGCCUCAACAUCACGCGCGUCGAGCACUUCGCCUACGUCAAGGAGUCCGACCUGGAGCAGAUCGGUAUCAGCAAACCCGCACAAAGAAGAUUAUGGGAUGCACUCAAACGCCACAAGACAUCCCGAAGCUGGCGCUCGGGGGUGCCCAAGGGGCAGAGCGGUCGCGGUCCCGACGGCGGCGUGGGGGAGCUCGGCCCGGAAGGCGGAAGCCGGGCCCUCCCCAGCCUCAUCCAGGACAGCGAGCUGGUUCUGGGCGAGAAGUUGGGCUCCGGUUCCUUCGGGGUGGUGAAGAAGGGAGAGUGGCACACGCCCUCCGGGAGAGUUCUGCCUGUGGCGGUGAAAUCCCUCCGUAGCAGCAUGUCCCAACAGGCGGACACUUUAACGGACUUUUUGCAAGAAGUGACCACCAUGCAGUCGCUGGACCACACGCACAUCAUCCGACUUUACGGCGUGGUCCUCACGCAGCCCCUCAAAAUGGUGACCGAGCUGGCCCAGCUGGGCUCGCUGUACGACACGCUGCGCUCGCGUCAGUUCGAGUACCCGCUGGCGCGCCUGUGGCUGUUCGCCGGCCAGAUCGCGGCGGGCAUGGACUACCUGGAGACGCGCCGCUUCAUCCACAGGGACCUGGCGGCCAGGAACGUCCUGCUGGCCUCCAGGGAGCUGGUGAAGAUCUGCGACUUCGGACUCAUGAGGGGCCUGAGGCAUGAGGCCGACCACUACGUCAUGUCGGCGCAUAGGCGGAUCCCCUUCGCCUGGUGUGCUCCAGAGAGUCUCCGCGUGGGCUCCUUCUCGCAUUCGUCCGACGUGUGGAUGUUCGGCGUCACCCUGUGGGAAAUGUUCACAUACUGCGAAGAGCCGUGGUUCGGUCUGUCGGGGAGACAGAUCCUGUGGCGCGUGGAGCGGGAGGGCGAGCGCCUGGAGAAGCCGCCCGACUCGCCCCAAGAGCUGUACGCCAUCAUGAGGAAGUGCUGGGCGUGCAACCCGGCCGAACGGCCCAACUUCACGCAGCUCAUCGCUAUGGUGACCGAGGCCAAACCCAUGGAGGUGCAGGCCGCCAGGGAAUUUGCAGAACCCAGGAAACUGGCGCUAGCGCCCGGGGACCUCGUGACCGUCGUCGAGCACGGCCUGGAGCUCAGCGAGUGGCGAGGACAGAACCAGAGGACGCUCAGCGUAGGCUGGUUCCCUCCGAGCGUCAUCGUGCCGCCCCCUCCUGGCGCGGCGGCCGUCGCCAACCCCUCCCCCGAUUUGAUCUCAGCCCCGGUGAAGGGCAGGCUGCACCACGCCGCGCACGGGGACGUCCAUCCGGACCGUUGCUGGGGAUCGCCAGAGAACCUGGACGAAAACGGCAGCUGGAGGCAACCGUCGACCAGGGAGACGGAGGCGUCCAAUCUGUACAAAAUGUCAGGUAUUUCUCGAAGCCUGGAGUCGGUGUUGAGCGGGCACCCGUCACGGCCGGCCCCGUCGGCCCCCCAGGGCAGGGCGGCGGCCACGGCGAUGGUGGCCCGCAGCGUGGUGGUGCAGCAGGACCCGCGGCGCUUCAGCGAGGCCAGCGUCCUGCCGCCUCCCCGCCCGCCGCCGCCCAACCUCAAGCGCUUCAACUGGAAGCCGCAGAGGAGGCCCACCAUGCACCCGAUCCCCUGGCCUCCGUCGCCGCCGGCCCCCCGCCCCGCCCCGCAGCAGCCGCCUCCGCCUCCGGGGGGUGCCAACCUAACCAAAAUGUCCCAGCUGACGCGUUCCACCCCUCAGCUGGACGAGCCCGGAGACGGGAGAGAGCGGCCUCGCGAAAGGGAGAAGCCGUCUCCCGGGCACUUCGCCAGGGACAGCCUCAUCUCGCAGGUGAUGGACGCCGUGCACGGGGUGACCCUCGAGGAGGCUCACGGCGCCCUGCAGCGCAACGAAUGGAACCCGCUGCGAGCCGAGCAGCAGCUAAAGUUGGAGCAGCUCUACUCGCUGAGUCUGUGCUCCAGGGAGGACUGCCUGAGGAUCCUGACCAGGUACCAGUGGAACCUGCAGCUAGCCAGCCGCUACCUGAUCCGCUGGUCGCGCGACGACCGCCCCGCUUCUGGAGAGAGGGACCGAGCGCUGCCCGGUGGCGACAGACGCAUGUAGAACGGCGUUACUUUUAAAAAGACACUCACUGUUUCUGACGCUUGUUAUUUGAUCUUAUUUUUAUAUAAUAUAUUACUAUUGACCUGCCACAUGUUCAUAUUUCCUGUGUAUAUUCUGUUGAAUAAAUUGAUUGAUGAUCAUUUGCAGCAUCUGUGAUAUUUAUGGAUAAAAAUGUGUUACGACCUU